AUGGCUUCAUUUAGAUUCUGUGCCGAGUGCAAUAAUAUGCUUUAUCCAAAGGAGGACAAGGACGGACAACGUCUUCUUUAUGGAUGCAGAAAUUGUGGAUACAACGAGAUAGCAGACGAUUCGAAAGUCUACCGUCAUGAGUUAAUGACCAAUAUUGGUGCCACUGCUGGUGUUGUUGAAGAUAUUGGAAAUGAUCCUACAUUGCCCAGAUCAAAUAAGGAGUGCCCUCAAUGCUAUAAUCGAGAUUGCGUGUUUUUUCAAAGUCAACAGAGAAGAAAAGAUACCAGUAUGAUUUUGUUCUUUGUUUGUUUGGAUUGCAAGCAUGUUUUCCAGGCUUGA